GAGAUUGAAUAUCAUGGUAACCACGUUAAUUUUAGCUUGUGUGGCAUAAUUACAUAAAAUGAUGGUAUAAAAGCAAGUUUUUAACCGAUGUUUCCUCACUGAACUUAACAGUUGAUAUACUGUAAAUACUAAAAUGUUUAAGUUUCUUGGUCUGUUGUGUGUAGUCGGUAGUGUCUGGUGUGGUAAUUUGGUCGAGGUUCUCCAAACUGAUGGAGAAAGUUUACUCAUCAAAUACGUCACAGCUGCUGGACUGGCCCCUGCUAUACUUGCAGGAACAUACACAAUCUUUGCACCAACUGAUGCUGCAUUUAAUGCCGUUGGAACUGAAGCAGAACUUUUGAAAGAUACUGCAGCUUUAGCAAAUAUCUUGAAAUACCACGUUGUCACAGGUGUUAUUCCAAGUACAGCAGUCAAAAAUGAACUUCAACUAGUAACCUUAGCAGGAACAAAGAUCAGAUUCAAUACAUACUCACACAAUCAUGCUGUUACUGUUGAGGGUUCAAAGAUAACAAAAUUCGACCUCUCUGCAUCAAAUGGAAUUAUUCAUGUCAUUGAGAAGGUCAUGAUGCCACCAACAGGAGACAUUGUAGACUUGGUUGUUGGAACCAGCGACCUCAGCACACUUUUAGCCCAAGUUCAGGAUGUAGGACUUGCAAGUGCACUGAAAGGUGAUGGUUUGACAGUUUUUGCACCAACAAACGCUGCUUUUGCAAGACUUGGAUCCACUCUUUUACGAAGAAUAACCUCAAAUAAAGGCCUCCUUAAAGAAAUUUUGGAAUAUCAUGUAGUACCACACACAGAAUACUCAGCUGGUUUGUACAAUAGAGAAUUUCUAAGAACACUGGACAGACAUCAUGAUACUAUUCGUGUACAUGCAUAUGGUGGAGGAAUCUCAAUUAACAAUGGAAAAGUAACACAGGCUGAUAUUGCUGCCACAAAUGGCGUUGUUCACGUCAUUGAUCACGUGCUAAUUCCCGCCAGAUAUUUGCUUUUCCUUGGAUUUGGAAAAUUUUCCAACUGGAGUUCAUUUUUGACAGCUGAACUUGGAAUUGCACCUGUGACAACGUGGUACUUCAGGAUAUUUGCUAAAGCUGUUGUGUCCUUGAGAAGUUCUGCUUCAGUUCCAACGGCAUCAAAUGCAGAAUCAGUUGGUGCAAAGAUAGUGUACGUUCCUGGCAAAAAAAAAGUGAAAGGUCUCAACAUGUUUAGGUAUUGUUGCAUCUUUCUUGCUGUUCAUUGUGUUUUAGGUGGUAACCUGGUUGAGGUUCUCCAAGCUAAUGGCGAGUCAAGACUGGUCCAGUAUGCGACAGCCUGUGGAUUAGCUGAUACCAUAUUAGGAGGAACUUUCACCAUCUUUGCACCUACAAAUGCUGCGUUUGAUGCACUUGGGACUGAACAAGAACUUCUUUCUGAUAAAAAUGUUCUAACCACAAUAUUAUUGUAUCACCUGACAAAUGGAGUUAUAAGGAGCACAGAUGCGAAGAAUGAGCUUACAGUAGAAUCGGUUGCUGGAAUGAAAGUCAGAUUCAAUAUUUACAACCACAACAAUGCAGUUACAGUUGAAGGCGCCAAAAUUUCGAAAUUUGACCUGGAUGCUUCGAAUGGGAUCGUCCAUGUCAUUGACAAAGUUAUGAUACCACCUACCGGAGGAAUUGUCGAUCUCGUGUCAGGGAACAAAGAUCUAAGCACAUUAUUGUCAUUAGUCCUGAAAGCAAAUAUUACAGGACUUGUUCAAAGUGAUCCUUUAACAGUAUUUGCACCAACUAAUGCUGCAUUUUCAAGAUUACCUGCAAAUGUUUUAAACAGACUAAAUAGUGAUACACCUCUACUUAAAGAGGUUUUGGAAUAUCAUUUAGUACCACAUACAGAAUAUUCACCUGGUUUAUAUAAUAGAGAAUAUCUGCGAACAUUAGAUGCAAAGAGGGAUGUCAUUCGUCUAAGCGUGUCAGGAAGAGGAGUAUCAGUAAACUCAUAUGGGCACGUUAUUAAAGCUGAUAUUCCAGCUACAAAUGGUGUUGUUCACUUAAUUGACCAUGUACUCGUCCCACUACGAUACUGGCGUACAUUUGGCUUUGGAAAAUAAUUUAUAACCGACAACAGUGUGCUGGUUACGCUGUGAUAUGUACAUAUGUAAUUUAUGUAAAUACAUGUUAUUUAUACUAUCAAACUUUGUUUGUGGUGUCGUCAUAAUGUCAUAAUUAAAAUUUAAAUGUAA